AGAGUUAAAGGAUCUGUAAUGGUCAUAGAAUAAUCCAUUAACAUCAAAGCUUUAUUAGUAAACAGCUUAGAGAAUCAGAAUCUACGUCACGCCGCGUGUUUUAGGUCACGCUCAGGAGCACAAAAAGCUGUAUUCCCAGAAGCUGCUUUGUAACUUGUGGAAUUGGAUUGUGGAUUGUGGAUGCUUAGCAAAUUAAUAGUGAGAAACCAUAGACCAGGGAAACCGGGGCGAAGGUGACUCGAACCAGAUGAAGCCUUGUGUGAGAUGAUCAGGAUGAAGUCCUCACGGAGUUUCAUCUUUUUACUCUGUCCCGUCAUGGUAGUGUUAUUCCUCUACUAUUCGUCUUUCAAAAUGCACCUACGGAGCCCAGUCCAGAAAUCUCAGGCUGAUUUGGAUAGGCUUCUCUCCGUGGGACGUGUAGUAGCCACAGAAUACGACAAGCAGGGAUUCCUUACCAAGCCUGACAGAAAACUGCCUCUGGAGCUUCAGUAUACAUUUGGUAAUCUCAGUAAAGGCGAGUGUAAACCCGGUUACGCAGAGGCCAAGAUGACUUCAAUCUAUCCAAAGUUUUCAAAACCUGCCCCCAUGUUCCUCGAUCCAAAUUUCAGGCGGCUAUCAAAGAUCAACACUUACGUGCCUCCGUUUGGAGUAAGAAAACAAGAAUAUAUCAUUGAUCGCAUUUUAAAAGCUACAAAGAGAUAUUCACUUGGUUCAGAACUUGACAGUAUAAGUUGUAAGAAGUGUAUUAUCAUUGGCAACGGAGGCAUUCUGUCCAACAAGUCCCUGGGAUCCCAAAUCGAUCAGUAUGAUGUUGUUGUACGACUGAACGGGGCUCCAGUCGCCGGGUUCGAGAAGGACGUAGGUUCGAAGACCACCAUGCGUAUCACGUACCCCGAAGGAGCCAUCCAGAAACCGGAGCGCUACGAGAAGAGCUCGCUUUUCGUCUUCUCUGCCUUUAAACCCAUGGACUUCAGAUGGCUGCGUCACAUGGUGCUUAAUGAAAAGAUGUGGAUAACGACGGGAUUCUGGAAGUCUGUGGCACGUGUCGUUCCCAGAGAGCCAGAAGACAUGCGCAUCCUGAACCCCUAUUUCAUCCAGGAAGCUGCUUUCAAUUUCAUCGGCCUUCCACACAACAAUGGCAUCAUGGGAAUAGGGAAUAUUCCUACAUUGGGGACUGUUGCGAUUACGAUGGCUCUUCAUAACUGUGAUGAGGUGGCGGUGGCUGGAUUCGGAUAUAACAUGAGCACACCUUACGCACCUCUGCACUACUACGAGAAACUCAGGAUGUCUGCAAUCAAAGAGUCAUGGACACACAACAUAACCAAAGAAAAAGAGUUUCUGCGAAAGCUGGUGAAGGGUGGCGUCAUACAGGAUCUGACCCACGGGAUCUGAUGUCACAUCCUCGUCAUGCAGCGGAUAGAUAGUAUUCACCAUAUCACUGGUGUCCGGCAUCCCAGCCGAUGGACUCGCAGGAACACGAGCCGUCAAACGUCCAGAGAUGUUUGAGCCAAUUGCAUGAGGCCACCAGAGGAAGUGACCUCACUUCAUAUGCUAGAUGGUAACUUCAACUCAGAUAUGGUAAUGCUUGUUUUAAGAUGCCACGUAGAUGAGAAAGAGUAGACCCGACAGAGACUGAAAAGUGCUGCUUUCUCCUGUUUUUUUUUACUCCACUGUAUUCAGUAUUUAUUAGACAGUAUUUUAAUCACAUCAUUUAAGAUGCUUUAUUUUUGAAGCCGAGUCAGCUUGAUUGCUUUAAUAUCGUUCUCUUCAAUCUCAGGCAAUGCACAGCAGCACACAACAACUGAUUGUCACUGUUGAUUUUCUGCUGCUCAGCUUCCACUUGUUUCUGCGCCUUGCACAUGUAUAUCCAUCUCUGUGUAUAACCUGAUCUUGAGACCAGGUGGAUUAAAGUAUUAUCAAGAUUCCUACAUUCAGUCUGAAAUGGGCUGUUCAUUUGAACUGUAGAUUAAUGUGUAAUAUGUCCAUUGUUUUUCUAUGUAAACACGCACUAGAUGGACAUAUAUGACCAUUAUGCUCGUGUCUCAUGUCUUUUGCAGCAUCUCACACACUUUUUACAUGCAGCGCCAAUCAUCAAUGUCAGUUCCAAAACAGUGUACCAAUCCAAAGACCCAGGAGGCGGGACAAGCGUUGCAAGCUUUAAUUUACAGAAGCAAGUUGGAAUAGCAACUGUUCUGCACUUUUUUCUAAACUAUUCCUGAGCGCUGCGUCU